AUUCGAGAUUUCCGGUUAUUUCCCAGCGGACGAAUUUGGAUUUACGGCGGCUGCUUUUGAGAAGGAGAUUUGGAAGGUUGCUGAUGACCUCUAUCUCAAAGGCUGGAUACGGGUACGGGAAAAGUUCGCGCAAGGAGAGCUUGGUGGCGACGUAAAUGCUCUGUCGUAUUUCCGAAAAUGGGUUGAGCAACAACAUAAUAAAUCUGGUGUUAUACGUACGAGUCAUUUCUUUGAUGAUAAUUAUGGUAUAGCCAAGCUGCCGGCACCUGUCUUGAAGUGUAUCAAGGAUAUGCGCCCAUAUCGAAAGAAGCGGCUGCAUAUGGGCAAAAAAUCUAUUCGGAAGGAUCUGACUCGUUAUGAGGCGUACAGUAAAGCUGAGGAGCUUCGAAGGGAGAGGUUGGUGGACGAAGCGAUGGUCCAAGACUAUUGA